CCGGGUGCUCCCGCCAGGUGCGUCGACACCAGUGGAUGCUUGUCGUUUGACAGACCCUGAGGCCCGUCUCAUAUCAGGCUACCUUCUCGGCCCAACACUCGAUGCCCUAAAUCUCUGGGUGAAGCUCCCACGGCUGCCGGUGGUUUUGGCGUCACCCAACCCUGCCAUUGGCAAUUGGCCUUAUCAACAUGAGCCCACCGCCUCCAGCAAGAUUCGCGGCGGAAUUCAUCGUCGAGUCGCCCGGCCAGCCAGCGCCGCAGCGGGCGACUCGAAGACGGGGGAUGGAGACACACCGAAAAUGGAUAAGAAAUUGGAUGAAGCGACUGCCGCAGGGCGAUGAAGACUGGGACAACAAUUUCCCUUCGACAGCCGAGGAGAUCGACCACAUCCGCGAACGCCUAACAAUGGCACACGUCGAAGCUCGCAACCAAAUGGACUGGAUCACCAUUCUACACACGUACGCCGCUUGGGCAAAGGAAUUCGAUGGUCGUGAACUUCAACUUCAUAACAUGAUCAUGGUCGCGGCAUGUCACGUGGCUCACAGCGAUGGCCUUCCAAGGGACAUCAUGCUCGAAGCCAUGGCAAAGUGCAUCAGUGGAGGUGGUGAUACGCUCCGGUCGAAACGAUUUGCACUGCCAAAGUGCAUUCAGAUUGGCGACGAACUUGCCAAUGUGCUUGGGGUUCGUGCAUAUGAGCUUCCAUUGCGUGUUAACUCCUAUUUCACAUUCGGCCAACAUUUUACCGGCGAAUGUUUCCCUCUUCUGCGGGAAGAAGCAACCACGGCCCAUCGUCCCUCCAGCGCACUGCCGUCGGAAGUUUUAAGAAUCCCCAGUCUUGUGUUCGAUCUCUGUGGGGGGAAAGUGAGGUACGCAUAAUUCUGCAGUUCUUCCUUUGAGACCAAAGCUCAUGCAUGCAACAGCCUUGAUAAAAUUGAAAGGAGUUUGGC